AUUAUAAGUAUUGAGGAAUAAAAAUUUGAUAUAAUGUUGAGUUAUGUAGAGAUGUACAAAUGGAAUUAAAAUUUACUUGCAUGAUAUGCUUCUCAAUGAACUUUGCUAAGAAGAUUAUCAGCGAUUUUGAGUGGAAGCCUAAUGGUUAAGGCAUUAAACUCUCAGUCUUUAAGUCCCUGGUUUGAACCCUACUCAGCCUACUUCGGUAUGGGGAAACUGGUAGUAGUAGUACUACUACUACUGCUGCUACUACUACUAGGCCUCACAUUUAGUUCGGCUCAUAUCCAAGCGACUAAUAACCAAAUUUAUUAUUUACUUUAUUUUUAAGAAAAAUUUAUGUAUACUUUAUAUGAACUCAUUCAUUACUCUUUUGAAGGAUAUUUGAUGAGUAAAUUAAUUAACAGUUGUCUAGAACAGGUGUAUGAUGGUUUUGUUCAAAAUUUCUAAACUAUGAUAUGUAAACUGUUGACUAACCAAUAUUAACUUUUUGUAUAAUCCGUAUUCCAUUUCGCUCCGGAUGAUUGAUGAAAAUGUUAAGGGAUCUGUAGAGUUCAAUAAAUUUGUAUUAUGUUAUUCAGCUUAUUAUUUUUAUGACUUAUUUCAUAGAUUUUAGCAAUAAUAUAAUUGGAAGGGAAUCAUUUCACUUAUUAUUCUGUUUAUCUAUAUCAUAACUCAGGUUUGUAGCAUAGAUGUCAUUCAUUAACCAUAACUGGAAUAGGUUAUUUAUGGAUUAAUAUACUUAAACACCCUAUCGGUUUUGAUAAUAAAAUGUACAUUCUGUUGUUUCUUGAGCUAGAUUAAUAAGUGAAGAAGUCUCACAGCUAUGUUGAACUGUGGGUCAAUGGUUAAGCAAGUCGAUUUCCAGCCAUCAAGUCGCGAGUCCGAACCCCGCACGUACCUAUUUUGGCUUGCAAAAACGUAUGGUAUCACUCGCUAUCAUGCUUAAAAUAAGUGCGCAAAUCCUCAAACAGUAGAUGAGUUAGUUUCAUACAGUUGUUAUUAACGUGGGAUUGAACACGAAUGUAUAACUAUCGUAUUUAUUACACCUCAAGUCAUUCCAGUGAGAGGAAUUUUUCACCUUCCAAAAUAACUCAGACAAACAGUUAAUGUCUUCAUGUACAUUUAAACUAGAAAUCGAUAGAAGCUGAAGUCGUCAAUACUUUAUAAAUUUUUUUCAACCGGAAUACUCAGAUUAGUUAGGACAAGAACAUUUCGUAUAAAUACUUUACUCACUGUCUCGUAAUUCGAGUUCUUUUUAAAAUUCUAUUUAAAGCUAGAUGAGCAUUAUUAUCAGGCCAAUAGAUUAUGCUAUCAAUCUGUAAUGUAAACACACAUACAUUAAAACAGGGUAAAUCCAGUCAGUUUGUUAUAGAUUGACAUGUAACUCAUUUACUACUGAGUAGAUGUAGUUAUAGACGAGUAUAGAUUGCUGAUAUGAUUCUAUCUUUUGCCACUUCCUUUCAUUGAACUGUUCGUAGGCUUCUUCGACAUAUCGUAGUCAAUACUAAUAAGGUAAAUUUUCGUAGUUUACAGCAAGAACUCACAAGAAUCGAAAGCCACAGAACAUUGGAGGCCUGUUUUGUCCAAUUAUAGGAUACCUCAACAGUGCUCGUUAACGAUAACUGUCAGGUGUUUCCUAGUUUUCGAUGGUUAUGUAACCAAGAACAAUCAUUGAUGUAAGUUACAAAAUACAAUCGUCUAUACUAGUGGCCAAGUUCAAGCGAUAAUUUCCGAGGUUUUAGUGAGAAACUGUGGUUAGUGUAGUUCAACCUCAACGGAUGUAAGAGUCGUCAUCCAUCAAUAGCAUUAGAAGUGAGUCGCACAGUAUCGCAAUUUGAAUGGCGUUAGAAAUGUAAACCAUUGGAUGCUAACUCAGUGGUAUGAAGGUUAAGUGUUUGUGGCAAGACCUGAAGGUCCUGGUUCCGAUCCCCGGUGGUGUCGUGAGUGGGUCCUUCGAGGAGUUAUAAAGCAGGACGAAAUGGCUGUCUAGCUGUUCUUGCUUUCAGCGAUUGCCUAAUCAAGUUCAACUCAUGUUAUAAACUACAGAACUCGCAGAAGAAACUGGAGUAUUGAUAGCCGUUUUACAACAGAUUUAUGACCAUGUUUUCGGUUAAUUUUAAUCAGUUAUAGUUCAAGCCUUCCUAUGAUAACCAAGCUGAAGUAUAUCGUUCUACGAUAAUUUGUAUUUUUAAGAAUAUAUCGUGUUAGUAACUAUCAAUAACCAGACUACCUAGUUCCAGAAAUUUUUAAUGACACAGUAUUAAAAUAUCUAAUUAUAAAACGUUUGUGUACACUUUGACAAAAUGGUAAGUUUUUCUCGUGAACACAAUUAGUAUCUUAAAUCUUUAUUCAUCAAUUUAAAAACGAUCCAAUCUAGGUGCUACAUUCGAUGUCAGCAUGCGUUUCCUUCAUGAAUGUCCUUGGGGACGUUUAGAACAACUUCGCAACGUUAUUCCAAAUAUCCCAUUUCAAAUGCUUCUACGUGGUGCAAAUGCAGUUGGUUAUAAAAACUAUCCUGAUAAUAUAAUAUACAAAUUUUGUGAAGUUGCUGUAAAAAAUGGCAUCGACAUAUUCCGUAUAUUUGAUAGUUUAAAUUACUUGCCAAAUUUACUCAUGGGGAUGGAUGCUGUCGGUACAGCUGGUGGAGUUGUUGAAGGUUCCAUAUGUUAUUCCGGUGAUCUUUCAAAUCCUAAACUUGAUAAAUAUAAUUUAAAAUAUUAUAUGGAUUUAACUGAUCAGUUAGUCAAAGCUGGGACUCAUAUAUUAGGAAUUAAAGAUAUGGCAGGUUUAUUAAAGCCAAAUGCUGCUCGUAUACUUCUGUCAGCCAUACGAGAUCGUUAUCCUGAUAUACCAAUUCAUUUGCAUACACAUGAUACAGCUGGUGCUGGUGUAGCAUGUUUAUUGGCAGCUGCCGAAUCUGGUGUUGAUAUUGUCGAUGUUGCUGUGGAUAGUAUGUCUGGUUUAACUAGCCAACCAAGUAUGGGCGCUCUUGUCGCUUGUUUAAAACAUACUGACAUUGACACUGGUUUAUCUAGCGAAGAUGUAUCAACUUAUUCAGCUUAUUGGGAACAAACGAGAAGUUUAUAUGCACCAUUUGAAUGUACCACAACUAUGCGUUCAGGUAAUGCCGAUGUAUAUGAAAAUCAAAUACCUGGUGGUCAAUAUACCAAUUUACAGUUUCAAUCUUAUUCACUUGGUUUGGGUGAUCAAUUUGAAAAUGUGAAACGUAAAUAUACUGAAGCUAAUCAACUUUUAGGUGAUAUAAUUAAGGUAACACCAUCAUCGAAAAUAGUGGGAGAUUUAGCUCAAUUUAUGGUUCAAAAUGGUUUAUCAGCUCAACAAGUAUUAGAUCGAGCUGAAGAGUUAUCUUUUCCAUCGUCAGUGAUUGAAUUUUUCAGCGGUGAAAUUGGUUUUCCUUAUGGUGGAUUCCCUGAGCCACUUAGAACAAAGAUUAUGCGAGGUCAAAAGGCUAAAACAGAGCGUGUUGGUUCACAUAUGGAACCGUUUGAUUUUGAUAAAUUAGCUAAACAAUUAAAGGAAAAAUUCAAAAGAGAUUUUGAUGAACGCGAUCUACUGUCAGCAGCUCUAUAUCCUAAGGUAAUGAUGUAUUUAUUUAUUUUUAUUUAUUGUAUUUCAAUAUUUCCUCAUUGUAAGCUUCCAGUUGAUCCAUUAACUGUCGCUGUACGUUUUACCACUCCUUAACUAUUACUACUUAAUCAUGUAUUGUUUGCUUUGCUCUCUGCUACUUAUGACAUGAUAGUGAUUAAAGUAUUAUUACUCAUUCGAUAUGCGGUUCAAUCUGAUAAUUUGUGUAUGUAAGAUAACGGAUGUUUGGGAUAGUUGUUGACUGAUCUGGAUGAUUGAAACAUAAUUUAGUAGAUGCUAGCUGCAGACUUCUUUUCGGACUCAGAACUAAGAAUACAGGAAAAUUUGUGGAGAGAGGACCAAUAGGAGUGUAGCUUAUGUGUUUGCUCAAGGUUUACAGUACAUGUCAGAACGUAUAAUUAGUCAGGUCUUGGACGCUACAUUUAGAUAGAACAGUAGACGCAGGAUAUAGAAUAAUAUAGUCAAAAUUCCGAUUGGUGAGUUUGGCACGCGAUAUUGAUUAGCAUCUUAAACCAUAACAAAAGACAUCAAAUCAUUGUUGGGAAUUGAAUAAUAAGGAGAAAUAAUUUAACUACAUAUUAUCAGUUAUAUUAUUAUUGUCGUUAGCUCAUUUGUUGGAUAUAUUUAUCACAGACUGAUAUCACUUGAAGUAACAAUGAAAACCAGAAGUCAUUUGACAGCUUUUCGACACUAGUCUGCGACCCCUCAGCUAUGUGCACCUAUGCAUUCGCCACUGAUCGAGCACAGGACGUUGGUGUCUCAUGGCGAUACUUACCUACUAAAACCACUUGGUUGGCGUUCAGUGAUCCAACUCCAAUUUCAACCAGUUUUCGGUAUAGCGCGGUAACCAUCUAAUAUUUUUGGUAACAAUAUUCUGAAUUCCACUGAUACCCAGGGAAUCACCUCUCGAAAUUAUUCAUUACUAAGUAUAUAUUGCUUCUCAUUACGGAGCAUUGUUGUUUUGUUUUCAACUUGUGAAAAGAAAUAUUCUCAAUUGAAUGAACUUCUACCCUGGAUCCUUUUGGUGUAAAUUGAUUUUUCCUGUGCUUACACACUAAUUCUUGGUUAUAUUUUUAAUAUUUAGUAGAAUUUCUUAAAUUUGACAGUGUGAAACUUUCUGGUAGUUCAUAAUAUUUAGAAUUGUGAUUGGUUUAAAUAUAGUUUUAUAUGCUACAAAUAGACAACCGUCAAAGAAUCACUAAAGAAAACUAAAGAUCAUUAAACACUCGCUUCAUCCUUGCAUGAAACCUUAACAGUGUGCACCAACCAAUGUGCACUAUGUCUCUACAAAAAGUACUUAAUAAGUAUAGUACUCUGAAAGCAGAUAUUGCAGUUAACAAAUUCGUGUCGCUUAGCUUUAAGUUACAUUCCAAAUAUAAGAGCUAGUGGUACUAUAUAGUUCCAUAAACCAGAGCAAGUCGAUUGUGGUUUGAACAAGUAAUUACUAGGUCUUCAUUACUCCUGGAAUUAUGAUCCUAUAUUUUUUCUCUAAACUCUGAAAUAAUUUUUCAGCUUGAUUUUUAAUCCUUUUUAAUGAAUAUUAUUCCUUUUUAAAAUACACAUUGAUAAAUUAAUUGUAACAGGUAUUUGAUGAAUUUGAAGAGUUCCGUAAAAUCUAUGGUCCCGUAGAUCGUCUACCAACUCGUAUGUUUUUUGUAGGACCUAAGAUUGCUGAAGAAUUUCCAGUCGACUUGGAGACCGGUAAAAUGUUACAUAUUAAAACAUUGGCUGUCGGUGAAUUAACCAAAGCCGGGGAACGUGAAGUAUUCUUCGAAAUGAAUGGCCAACUUAGAUCAAUUUUGAUUAGUGAUAAAGAAGCUACAAAGUCGAUAUCGUUUCAUCCAAAGGCCUUGAAAGGUGUCAAAGGCUCCGUUGGUUCACCAAUGCCUGGUGAAUUAGUAACAAUCAAUGUGAAAGACGGAGAUGUUGUAGAGAAAGGUCAAAAAUUAGCUACAUUGUCAGCUAUGAAAAUGGAAAUGAGCAUAACAGCACCCAUUUCAGGUUGUAUUAAAAAGAUUUACGUUUCCAGUGGAAUGAAAGUAUCUGGUGAUGAUUUAUUACUCGAUAUAGAAUAAAACUGUUCACUUAUUUCACUAUACUACCUAUAUUUAGCCUUUAUUCUUUGAUUUUAUAUUUCUAUGUUAUUGUGUGACAAUCACCCAUUAGCAAUCUUUAUAUUUUACUUUGAUUCUAUCGUGCUAUUUAUAUUACAUUAUAACAAAAGCAACAGCUUCAAAAUGAAUAUUUCCUUGAUAUUAUACACAUGAAGAUAGAUGUAAAUCGAAUUAUUUUGGGGAGUAUCCUUUGACAAACUGUGUGUAUGUUUUUUGUUCUGUAGUUAUCUUUAAUUGCAUAAUUACAAAUACAAACAAAUCUUUAUUUGUCUACUGUUGUUUUUUUGCGAAACUAAAUGUCAACAGGUCGUCUUUGCUUAGUUCGCCUUGAUUUUGUUGUCAGUUACUUUACGAUUGCGUUGUACACCAUUUAUUUCGUAGAACGAACGUCUUUUAUCUUAAGGUUUUCCUGUUGUUGCUAUUAAAACAAUCUCACGAA